AUGACGGAGCCACGGUCGGGUCUGUUCGGUGCCAUCCUUGCGUGGCGGAAUCGGCAGCCCCGUGUGGAAGCAAGUGCCGAGGUGCCAGAGCAAGAAGAUCCAUCAGUCGCACGACCGCCUUCGAGUGAAUGGGAAAGGGCGUCGCAUUAUAUGAUUGAGCGUGACCAAGACGGCCAGACGCCGCUGUACACAGCCAAACAGCCGCACAUGUUCUUGCAAGACGGUAUGGAGGAAGAGCUGACCUCCAAGGAAAGCUUUGGCUCCUUGGACCGUGACGUGUGGCGCGCCGAGCUCGCGUCGGAGGAUGCAGGCACGCCGCCGCCCCCAAGCACCACGACAGGCCUUCCUAUGGAACCGCAGCCUGGCGAUUCGCCAUACAUGUUCAGUCGCAAGCUAUACCAAUUUACCAAAAUGAACUUGGCCUACCAGGGCCAAACCUCGCGACUGCUAAGUGUAUCAACGUCCGCGUACCUUCGUGAAGCGCUCGCUUCGUACAUGCAGCGUUUCCAUUUUGAAGAGUUCCCGAUUGAUAUGGCGCUUCGGCAUUUUCUGGCGAUGGAGCAUUUGCCGCUGGAAUCCCAGCAGAUCGAUCGCGUGCUUAUGGCGUUCAGUGAGCGGUAUGCCGCCUGCAAUCCGUCGAUUAUGGAUCAGGAAACUGCGUACUUUCUGACAUUCUCGCUCUUGUUGUUGCAUACGGACGUGUUUCACCGCAGUGUCCGACCUCGCAUUUCCAAGGCCGAGUACGUCACGCUCGCGAGUGCGAGUCAUGUGGAACGUGUGAUUUUGGAGUAUCUGUACGACAAUGUUUCGUUGGUCGAGUUUAUGUUCACGCGGAAUCAGCCCGUUGGUGGCGAUGGCACGAGCCGAUCGCCAGCGGCGACGCGAGAGCGGGAGGCGCUGUACAAACUGAUAUCGACGGGCCGCAUUUUGGAUCUGCAGCAGCAGCAGGCAGCCGUGCACGAGCGCGUUCGGUUCCCGUUUUCCUACACGUCCAAUGAAUUCACGCUCCCUCUGAUGCACCAAACGGGCCGUGAUGCGCCGCUGAUGGAAGUGACACUGACUAUUCCGCUUGCGCGGCGGUGGCGCGGUGGGCACCCUGCCGCGGCGCUUCGUCGUCCGUUGCUGCUGCGGAUUCUGCACAUGGGGCUGGUCCGUCGCCGUGAGUCGGACGAAGACGGCGAGAGCCGAGCGCGAUGGAAGACAUGGGGUCUUGUCCUGACGGGCUCGUGUCUUUUGUGGUUCAAGGACCCUGCGACAAUGCCGCGCAUUCCUCCGUCUUUGAGCGAAGACGACAGACAAACAUACUCGUUCAAAGUGGACGAGGUCAUGCCGUUGGCCUAUGCGUUGUGUGUGUAUGACAGUGUCACAGAUCCUAUGGUGCUGCGUCUACGUACGCAGGCGCACUGGCACGAAAUUGAGACACAGCUCACACACCCGUAUGUAUGGCUGGAUCGCAUCAACUACAUCGGAAGUCUGGGGAGUUGCGGACUCGUGUGGGACGACGCGGUGAUGCUGCCGGCCAACAGUACGUGGACUGUCCAGGCGUACGGCGAGUCGCUGACGGGCCCCUUGCAAACAGGCGCGCUGGGCCCUACAGAGUCGACACGUGAUACGUACAAGUACUGUGUGUACAGUGCGGGUCUGUCGCUUGCGCAGAGCCUCAUGGCCGCGAAUCGCUUCCUGACCGAGCAGCGCGUACGGCACGAGGCGUUGGUCGCAGAGCAUGAGCGUAGCGUGCGGUAUGCCAAGCAUUUGGGCCUUCUUACGCCCUUGCAAAAGUCCACGCGUGAUCAUAUCCAGCAGGCCACAAUGGCUCUCUCUCACUCGCUGCGAAGUACGCAGUUUGAGCUGGCGUACUUGUCGUGCCGUAUGCACUUCCUGCAGUCGCAGAAACAGGUCCUGGAAGCGCAGCUGCAGCAGCAAGGCUGUGAAAUAUAUACACCUGUAUAG